AGGACUUUCCCUCUUUCUUCAAACAUACAACAGAUUAACAAAUAGAAAACGAAGCACAAAAGAUAUCAGAAGAAGAGAGAAGUCUCCUCCCAAAAAAACCAAAAAAAAAAAAAAAAAGAGAAAGAAAAGAACUCGAGUGCAAAAAGCUUCUCUCUUCCUUCCCAUGGGGUGCAUUUGAACUAAUCUCCUCCUUGAAAUCGCUUGAUUGAUUGUUAUAAAUCGAUUAAUCGAUUCAAACCGUUGGAUAUUAUUCCAAAACAACCCAAAAAGAGAAUCCCAUGGGAAGUUGUGUUUCGUCGCCAUUGAAAGGCUCUCCUUUUGGAAAGAGACCGGUAAGAAGGCGACACAGUAGUAAUAGCAGAACAUCCUCUGUUCCUCGUUUCGAUUCUUCAACUAAUCUUUCCCGGAGAUUGAUUUUCCAGCCACCAAGCCGCGUUCUCCCCGAGCCUAUCGGUGAUGGAAUUCACCUCAAGUAUGAUUUGGGAAAAGAACUAGGCCGUGGUGAAUUUGGUGUCACUCAUGAAUGUAUCGAGAUCAGUACCCGAGAAAGAUUUGCGUGUAAGAGGAUAUCGAAGGAGAAGCUAAGGACGGAGAUAGAUGUGGAGGAUGUGAGAAGAGAGGUUGAGAUCAUGAGAUGUUUACCAAAACAUCCUAAUAUUGUUAGCUUUAAGGAAGCUUUUGAGGACAAAGACGCUGUCUAUCUUGUCAUGGAGAUUUGUGAAGGAGGUGAACUUUUUGACCGCAUUGUCUCUAGAGGGCAUUACACUGAACGCGCCGCUGCAUCUGUUGCUAAAACCAUUCUUGAAGUUGUCAAGGUGUGUCAUGAACAUGGAGUGAUUCAUCGUGAUCUUAAACCAGAGAACUUCCUCUUUUCGAAUGGAACUGAGACUGCACAACUCAAAGCCAUUGAUUUUGGUCUCUCCAUUUUCUUCAAACCGGCCCAGCGGUUCAAUGAGAUUGUGGGAAGUCCUUACUACAUGGCUCCAGAGGUUUUGAGACGAAAUUACGGUCCUGAGAUCGAUGUUUGGAGUGCUGGUGUUAUACUCUAUAUCUUGCUUUGUGGUGUUCCUCCCUUUUGGGCAGAAACCGAGGAAGGAAUCGCGCACGCUAUUGUGAGAGGGAACAUCGAUUUCGAGAGAGAUCCAUGGCCAAAAGUCUCACAUGAAGCCAAGGAACUCGUUAAGAACAUGCUUGAUGCAAAUCCUUAUAGCAGACUCACAGUCCAAGAAGUGCUUGAACAUCCAUGGAUCCGGAACGCAGAGAGAGCACCAAAUGUGAAUCUUGGAGAUAACGUCAGGACCAAGAUUCAACAAUUCUUGUUGAUGAACAGGUUCAAGAAGAAAGUCCUCAGGAUUGUAGCGGACAAUCUACCAAACGAGGAGAUAGCAGCGAUAGUACAGAUGUUUCAAACAAUGGACACUGAUAAGAAUGGUCACUUGACUUUUGAGGAGCUAAGAGAUGGACUGAAGAAGAUUGGACAAGUUGUUCCCGAUGGCGAUGUGAAGAUGCUAAUGGAUGCAGCGGAUACAGAUGGAAAUGGGAUGUUGAGCUGUGAUGAGUUUGUGACACUCUCAAUACAUUUGAAGAGAAUGGGAUGUGAUGAGCAUUUGCAGGAAGCAUUCAAGUAUUUUGACAAGAACGGGAACGGAUUUAUCGAGCUAGAUGAGCUCAAGGUAGCUCUUUGCGAUGAUAAGCUAGGCCACGCUAACGGUAACGACCAGUGGAUCAAAGAUAUCUUCUUUGACGUCGACCUCAACAAGGAUGGACGGAUAAGCUUUGAUGAGUUUAAGGCAAUGAUGAAAUCAGGGACGGAUUGGAAAAUGGCGUCGAGGCAGUACUCGAGGGCGUUGUUGAAUGCUCUAAGCAUCAAGAUGUUCAAAGAAGAUUUUGGGGACAAUGGUCCUAAGUCACAUUCCAUGGAGUUCCCUAUAGCAAGGAAGAGGGCUAAGCUGCUUGAUGCUCCCAAGAACAAAUCAAUGGAGCUUCAGAUCUCCAAAACCUAUAAACCCUCAGGUCUAAGAAACUAAAGAAGAGAAAAAAUGAACAAGCAAAAGACUCUUUGAUUCUUUUUAAUGUGUUUGUUUUUGGUGCUACAAGUGCAAAAAGUGUGAUUUAAUGGGCUUAACUCUGCGUUGUUCAUCUUUUUCCUUAAAGGUCGUUAAACACAUUCAUUUAAUUUAUUAAGUUGUAGCAUUAACAAUGGCGUCACAUGUAGUGUAAAGUUUUCCAAGCUGUGCAAGUAGAAACUCUUGUAUAAGUUACAAAAACCAAAAUGAUUCAAUAUUAAACACUUUCUUUAGAUGAA